UCAGUAGAGUAAAGUAGAGCUCGGUGGAGUGAUGGAGGCUCCGGAUCCUCGCUGAUUGGCGAAGAGAUGUCGGCCAUCUUGGAUUGUAGCGGGGAAGAAAGAUUGAUGCGGUGACCCGCGGCAUGUUUGGUGCUAACCGGAAGAAGUUUAUGGAGGGGGGGAUAGAGAGUGACUACGCGGACGACUCCAGCCUCUACUACAGCCAACAGUCCAUGUUCCCUCCUCACCGCGCUGACAAAGACAUGUUGGCGUCUUCCUCUGCUUCCUCGACGGGUCAGCUGUCACAGCUCGGAGCCAGUUUAUAUGGCCCCCAGAGUGCGUUGGGGUUCCCCAUGCGUGGCAUGAACAGCAGUGCGGCGCCUCCGUUAAGUCGAAGUGGUCUGAACCAGUCCAGCAGCCAGCUCUCCAGUCACACCAGUACCCCCAACACUGGAACCAUGCACACACCCCCGUCACCGAGCAGGGUCAUCCUGCCCAUGAGCAGGAGCGUACUGAACCACAACCAGCAGGUGGGGGGUCCGACGGGGCAGACGAGUGGGAUGGGAGUCGGAGGAGAGAGGGGGGGAGGCGGCGGAGGGAGGAGCGGCAGCAUGGGGAGUCCGAGCCGGUCGUCACCCAGCAUCAUCGGGAUGCCCAAACCUCAGCAAGCACGGCAGGCCUUCACCAUCAACAGUAUGUCGGGCUUCGGCGUGAACAGGAAUCCAGGCUUCAACAUGAACAACUCUCUCUCCAACAACAUCUUCAACGGCACAGACGGCAGCGAGAAUGUGACGGGGUUGGACCUGUCAGAUUUCCCGGCGUUAGCUGACAGGAGUCGGAGGGACGGAGGUUCGAAUCCCACCCCGUUGCUCAACCCGCUGGCCGGUCGGGCUCCGUACGUUGGCAUGGUAACCAAACCGUCCAGUGAGCAGUCGCAGGACUUCUCCAUCCACAACGAAGAUUUCCCAGCUCUCCCUGGUCCGAACUACCAAACGAAAGACCCCACCAGCACCAACGAAGACAGCAAAACGAACCUGAACUCGACAGGGAAGUCGUCCUCCAGCUCAGACGGUCCAAAGUUUCCCGGUGAUAAAAGCUCGGCGCCGAGCAACAACAACCAGCAGAAGAAAGGGAUUCAGGUGCUUCCUGACGGCCGUGUGACCAACAUCCCCGGUGGCAUGGUAACGGACCAGUUCGGCAUGAUCGGCCUCCUGACGUUCAUCCGGGCGGCGGAGACGGACCCGGGCAUGGUCCACCUGGCUCUGGGCUCCGACCUCACAACGCUGGGCCUCAACCUCAACUCGCCAGAGAAUCUUUAUCCUAAGUUUGCGUCUCCCUGGGCGUCGGCUCCGUGUCGGCCGCAGGACAUUGACUUCCACGUCCCGUCAGAAUAUUUAACCAACAUCCACAUAAGGGACAAGCUAGCAGCGAUCAAGUUGUCUCGAUACGGUGAAGACCUGCUGUUUUACCUCUACUACAUGAACGGAGGAGACCUGCUACAACUCCUGGCUGCAGUAGAACUGUUUAACCGGGACUGGAGGUACCACAAAGAGGAGCGGGUUUGGAUCACUCGGGCCCCGGGGAUGGAGCCCACGCUGAAGACCAACGCCUACGAGAGAGGGACCUACUACUUCUUCGACUGCCUCAACUGGAGGAAAGUGGCCAAGGAGUUCCAUCUGGAGUAUGACAAACUAGAAGAGCGGCCUCACGUUCCCUCCACCUUCAACUACAAUCCUGCCCAGCAGGCCUUCUGAUUGGCUCUCCCUCCACCUGCCUACCUGCCAUUGGCCCUCCUGGCUGGUCAAUCAUCACCUAUCUAUGCCCCCCCAUCCCAUCCCAUCCCAUCCCAUCCCAUCCCAUCCCAUCCCAUCCCAUCCCACCUCCACACACUCUCAAUGAAUCUGGCCUGUAAGGACUCAGCUCUCUGAACAGACUUCAUCAUUUUAACUUCCUUUCUGUUGGUCCUUUUCCUCACUCUGUUUGUUUUUAAUCCUCCUCCUCCAUGUUUGGUUUGUCUUUGGAGCCAGACACCACGGUGAAUAACUGUCCAUCUGAGCCAGUGAUUCACGUUUAUACCCAUAUUUUUCUCUAGAGAAGCUUUUAAGAAGAUUUUAAAACCCAGGAUUCAAUCAGCUGUCAGGAUGGAUAAUUAUUCCACACUGUGUCGCCCUCUUCGACCCUUCGGCAGGAAUAUUCAUCAUCUUCAUCGUUUCACCAGCGCCACACAGUGGACAGUCAGGGGAGGACAUGCAAUGUACAUUGUAGCACUAUUUCAUAAUAAAAGAAGAGAAAAGAUUUAUUUUUAUUUUUUUGUUCAUGUUUGAAGCUGCAGGUUUGAUUUUUUUUUUUUUUUUUUUAUCCUGAAGCAUUAGUUAAUGUUUCUUUAUUUAUUGUCAACACAUCACGAGACCCAAACCAACAAUCUCAUUUUUAAUAACGAUAAAGUGAAGACGUAAAAUCACGGGACUGCGUUCAGCGGCGGAUUAAUCCUCAUUCAGUUCUAUAGUUUGGUAAAAACAUUCAACGUAGUCUAAAUUUUCAGAUUCAUGUAAAAUGAGAAUAUUUAGGACGAUAAAAGACGGGGACAGAUUUAAAUUGUUCCUGUCGGCGUCAUUCUGAGAAAAUAACAUAGUUUUGUUGGUUUGGUUUUAGAUUUAUUGAAGAUAAAUAAGACGGCAUUAAAACUCAGCGGUAGUUGGACGUUAACACAAGUUUUCUCAGUUUCUCAUCUGUUUUUAUUUUAUCUCGCUUCUGUUUUUUUUAAUAUUUGAUUUAAACUUUUCCUUCACCUCCCCUCUCUCUUCUCGUUUAUUCUAUAUUUUCUGUCCGGUAACAGUCAGACCAAUCAGAUUUUUGUUUUUUUCCCUCUCUUUGCUGAGACGCCACACAUGAAGCUACGUGCUAGUUAGCUUAGCUUAGCAUGAAGAGCGUCCAGCCUGGCUCUGCUCCAGCUCCUGUGAAGCUCCUGAUUAAAAACGCUGCAUCUUUAGUUUAAUCAAGGCGGAGCCAGACUGGCCGUGUCCCCUCAUUCCAGACUUUAUGCUAAGCUAAGCUAACAGUUCACUUUUAAUUUCAGGCAGAAAUGAAGCUUUUAAAUUAACGCCCCUUUUCGUUGAAGCUCCUUUCACUCCACCAAAACUCAAAAUCAACCAAAAAUGUCUUUAAUUUUUUAUUUUUUUUUUUUAAAUUUCCUCCAGGAGGCACCAAUGUACAGCUGUGUAUGUGUAUGUAUAUAUUUUUAAAUUAAAUAUAUAUGCAUACACAUGAACAGGAGGCAGUAUUUUUAAGAAAAAGGAUAAAAACAAAAAAGAUCCGAGGAGCCCCUCCCUCCUCCGCUGGCCGCCAGGUAAACGAUGCAAUACUCCACCUCCGUUACCACGGAAACCGCCCCGGAGACGGUUGGCAUGGAGACCAUGCCAGACUCCACUGAUGGAAGACGCAGUCGCCAUGGCAGCAGCAGCUGUGUUGCCAAGGACACGCCCACACACCAUGUGACCUGUCUGAGAGGAUCUGAUUGGACGAGGAGGAGGACUGAGGCACUUGGCCGUUGGCUGUUUUAUUAAAUAUGGCAGCUAGUGUUUUAAUAGGAAAAAUAAGAAAAUAAAUAUUCUGGUAAUGAAACUGAAA